GGUCAAAUGUCAGUGACUUACCUUGAACAAAAGGUCGCUAGUUCACUGGCAGCCGGAAAUUCACAAUUCUUUGUAUUGACCAAUUCUGGUUCCGCCAUGUUGGGAUUUUUUGACUCGCUAACGGAAAUAGCUGACGUCUGCUAUAAAUACAAUCUUUGGUUACAUGUUGACCUGAAUAAUACAUUGAUUAUUAUUAUUAUUACGAAAAUGACGAUGACGCCGACGAUGACGUCAGAGCUCAAGUGGAACUGCCACAUGAGAAUGAACUGUACCCUGCAAUGCUACGCUAUUUUCAUUAGAAAAAAAGAAGGAACAAAAAUCCAAGACCUAUUAGAAGCGUGCAACAGCGCCUGUGCCACUUACCUCUUUCAACAGGACAAACACCAUGGCUUACGAUGUGACUUGCGACACUGGCCAUAG